UGUUUCUCUGUUGCUCUGUUUUUAUUUUUUCCUGGUGGUGCCAACGGUCAGCGGUUGACAUUCCUCCUCCACAAUUGCCAUUCCGAUUUAGCCCAAAGUCACACGAAAAAUGGAGCUGGCCUAAGCGAGAGACAAAAGUCCAAACGGGAUUAGGCCAAACUCACAGCGAUUCAGUUAAGAGAUACAAACACUGAUUGCGUACGACAAUUGCACAGGAUCUGCGUCAGCAACAAAAGGGGUUAAGCGGAACGGAUUGCAGCAUGGACUUCGAGGAAUACCGCCAGCGGGGCAAAGAAAUGGUGGACUAUAUAGCCGACUAUCUGGAGAAUAUACGCGAGCGUCGUGUCUUUCCGGAUGUGAGUCCCGGCUAUAUGCGUCAACUUCUGCCCGAAUCCGCACCCAUUGAGGGCGAGGCCUGGCCCAAGAUCUUUGCGGAUGUGGAGCGGAUUGUUAUGCCUGGCAUCACCCACUGGCAAUCGCCGCAUAUGCAUGCCUACUUCCCGGCCCUCAAUUCGAUGCCCUCGCUCCUGGGUGACAUGCUGGCGGAUGCCAUCAAUUGCUUGGGCUUCACCUGGGCCAGCUCACCGGCCUGCACGGAGCUGGAGAUCAUUGUGAUGAAUUGGUUGGGCAAGAUGAUUGGUUUGCCGGAUGCCUUUCUUCAUCUGAGUCCCAAUAGCCAGGGCGGCGGUGUACUCCAGACGACGGCCAGUGAGGCAACGUUGGUGUGUCUGCUGGCGGGACGCACACGAGCGAUCCAGCGAUUCCAUGAGCGGCAUCCUGGUUAUCAGGAUGCGGAAAUCAAUGCCCGACUGGUGGCCUAUUGUUCGGAUCAGGCGCAUUCCAGUGUGGAAAAGGCGGCUUUGAUUGGACUCGUCAGGAUGCGGUAUAUCGAGGCGGACGAGGACCUGGCCAUGCGCGGCAAACUGUUGCGCGAGGCCAUCGAGGAUGACAUUAAGCAGGGCCUGGUCCCCUUCUGGGUCUGCGCCACACUGGGCACCACCGGCAGCUGUAGCUUUGACAACCUGGAAGAGAUCGGUUUGGUUUGUUCGGAGCACCACCUGUGGCUCCAUGUGGAUGCCGCUUAUGCGGGCAGCGCUUUCAUCUGCCCGGAAUUUCGCACCUGGCUGCGUGGCAUUGAGCGGGCGGACUCGAUGGCCUUCAAUCCCUCCAAGUGGCUGAUGGUGCACUUUGAUGCCACUGCUCUGUGGGUGCGGGACAGCACUGCGGUGCACAGGACCUUCAAUGUGGAGCCAUUGUACCUGCAGCAUGAGAACUCUGGUGUGGCUGUGGAUUUUAUGCAUUGGCAAAUCCCACUGAGCCGUCGCUUUCGGGCUUUGAAAGUGUGGUUCGUCCUUCGGUCGUACGGGAUCAAGGGUCUGCAGCGGCACAUCCGGGAGGGAGUGCGUCUGGCCCAGAAGUUCGAGGCUUUGGUCCUGGCCGACCAUCGGUUUGAGCUGCCUGCCAAGCGGCAUCUGGGACUGGUGGUGUUUCGCAUACGCGGUGAUAACGAGAUCACCGAGAAGCUAUUGAAGCGUCUGAAUCAUCGCGGUAACCUGCAUUGCAUACCCUCAUCGCUGAAGGGUCAGUAUGUGAUUCGCUUUACCAUCACCUCGACGCACACGACACUGGAUGAUAUUGUCAAGGAUUGGAUGGAGAUACGGCAGGUGGCCUCCAUGGUGCUGGAGGAGAUGAAUAUUACCAUUUCCAAUCGCGUGUAUCUCAAGGAAACCAAGGAGAAAAAUGAAGCCUUCGGCUCGAGCUUGUUGCUUUCGAAUUCUCCGCUCUCGCCCAAGGUGGUCAAUGGUUCCUUUGCGGCCAUCUUCGAUGCAGAUGAGUUUCUGGCCAAGACCUAUGCUGGAGUACGGAUAGCGCAUCAGGAAUCACCAUCGAUGAGGAGACGUGUGCGUGGCAUCCUUAUGUCUGGCAAACAAUUCUCACUGGACUCGCACAUGGACGUGGUGGUGCAGACCACCCUGGACGCUGGCACUGGUACCACCAACUCUUAUGGACGCAGUGCUGUGCGAGAUUCCCAGCAAACACAGGCAGUUGCCGGUGGUCAGGCCAGCAUUCGCGAGGACAACGAGGAGUCGCCGGAAGAAACUGAAUUGCUGUCCCUGUGCCGCAACCUUAGUGUCCUUGCCCCCGCUUCAUGCCCUCCCAUUCAUGCCCACUCCCUGUCCACGCCCAGUGGCAGCUGCAGCUCCGCCUCACACUCGCACUCACACUCCCACUCGCUCUCACAGUCCUUCUCCUCCUCCAAGUCGCCUCCCCUUAACCAAUUCCGACCCAUUGCCCUGUGUGGCAUGAUUCCCAGCCAAUCCCCUUUGCCCCUGAGCCUGCCUCUGCCCCUGGCUAGCAGAGAUGUCACCGUAUCCGUGGAUAGCCUGCUGACUCCAGUCACCACCUGCAACAUGUAUCAUGGCAAGCGAUUCCUGGAGCCACUCGAGACCUUGGCGGCCAGCAGUGCCUCCUUUAGCAGCAGCAUUUUUCGCCUACCCACGCCCCUGGCCACGCCCACUUUGGAGCAACCGGAAGAGGAUCCGGAUUGGCCGGCCAAGACCUUUAGCCAGCUGCUAAUGGAGCGGUAUUCCUCGCAAUCACAAUCCCGCUCCCACAACUCCCUCUCCUCCUCCUCGACGGACAGCAGCCUACUCAGCAGGGACGGAGCCACGCCCACGCCCACGCCCACGCCGAUGGGAAGCCUGGAUGAGCUGGCCACACCGUUGCUGGAGUCCUUUGCCUCGCCCAACUCACAGCCCAUGCUCUCCGCCCGAGGAAUGGGGCAGGAGCAGCGCGAGAGGGAGAGUGACUCGGAUGCAACCAUUUGCUCGGCAACCUCCUCGAUGGAAUCGCUUUAGUCCUUGAGAUCUUAAGUUAAUACUAUUCUGCAGAUACAUAUAUAUUAUAUAUUAGAGAUUUGUGGCUAUCAAAAAUAAUGGGGAUUUAAAGAUCAGAAGAACUUUGAUUUUUGGAAGAAUAGAAUUUGGUAACAAGUUUAGAAAUGGGGUUUAUAAUAUUACUUAAUAUUUGUAGAAUGUAUCAACUUAUUUGAGCAAAUUUUCAAAGCCUUCCUAUACUUAAAUAUUUUAUUUAAGCCAAAAUAAUAAUGGAUUAUUAUUUAUUUCUGUAGUAAAACUUCCUCAACUUCCUUAGCUUGUGAAGUACUCAUUUCCGAUCCUUUAAAAUCAAUCUAACAAUCUAUCUAUAUAGACUUCGCCUUUCCGAAGUUAGUUUCCUUUUUUGUUUGGUAUUUGUUAAAUCAUAUUUUUUCAAUGAAUGUACCCAUUAAUAUCAUAAGCCAAAAAAUGUCCUAGUUUAACCUAGAUUCCUACUAUAUCUCAGCUUAUUUGUACAUAUAAAUAUGUACAUAGGUAUGUGAGGAAGUGCUCCUGGGGAGGCGGAAGUGUAAGUCAUCCAUUGCUGCUGUGCAAUCAAUCAAUAAUGAAAACCAAUCGUAGAGUACCAAUCAAUGUUGAGUAUAUAAUAUAUAUAUAUAAUCUAUAUCCUAUUGUAAGAUAUCAACUGAUACUGAGCAGCUACUACUACUAUCCGGUUUACAAAAUUUAUCCAUGUUUAGUCAAAGAAAUCCGAUUAAAGUUUCAAAGGUUCUCCAGUUACACUCA